CAGGAUGGCGACUAAAGUGAAGAACAAAGUUUCCGCUGCUUUUAAAAUGCACGGAUUAAUCUUGAGAUCUAAUGCUGCAAAAUUUCUCGUGGAUGUUCUUGAGACAGUUGAUGAAUUGAACCUUGAAGAUGCAAUUGAACGUAUCAUUGAUGCAGUUGAAAAACAGCCACUGAACUGCAACAUGAUAGAGCAAUCAAUGGUGGAGGCAGCAGUCCAGGAGUGCAGUCAGACGUGUGAUGAAACUAUAGAACACGUCUUCAACAUAAUUGGUGCAUUUGAUGUUCCUCGUUACAUCUACAAUACAGAAAGGAAGAAAUUUUUACCUCUUGCAAUGACAGAUCGUAGUGCACCUUGUCUGUUUGGAACUGCCAGAAACAAAGCUGAACUAUUUUGUGAACGCUACACUAUUAUGCAACAGCGAACACAUAGACAUGAAUUAUUUACACCUCCUGUGACAGGAUCACAUCCCGAUGAGAACAGAAAUAAAUUUCAAUUAAAAACUAUAGAAAUGCUCCUUGGUAGCACAUCAAAGGUUGGAGAAGUCAUUGUUCUGGGGAUGAUAACACAACUUAAAGAGGGAAAAUAUUUUCUUGAAGAUCCAACUGGAACUGUUCAACUCAACCUUAGCAAAGCCCAGUUUCAUAGUGGCUUAUAUACAGAAUCCUGCUUCGUUCUUGCGGAAGGAUGGUAUGACGAUGGAGUUUUUCAUGUCAAUGGGUUUGGUUUUCCACCCACUGAACCUUCCAGCAUUACAAGAUCUUAUUAUGGCAACAUUAACUUUUUUGGUGGUCCCUCUGCUACAUCCGUGAAAUCUUCGACAAAACUAAAAUGUGAAGUAUGA